GAUUAUAUUUCUUUGAAUGCUACUGCACCCCUUUUUAGAAGAAUUUAUAUUGUUAAAAUACGCGUAUUUUAAAAAUUUACGUUAUAUUUUAUUUAAAAUCCAAUUAACGUGUAGUACGUGUAGUAUGCAUAAAAAAUGUCAAUUAUUUUCAUAGCCCUAUAAUAUAACAUACGCGUUAAUUAUUGUGCGACUCUAAAGAUAUAAAUAUCUCUUAUUUUUGUAAAAAAAAAAAAAUCCUAACGCGGGAUUUUUUUUAUUCUUCUAUAGAUUUUCCUUUAGUUAUCAAUAAAUCACACUCGUUUUCUUUUUUCAAUAAAUAAAUAUGCCCUGUGAUAGAAUUCGACGAAACAUUACUACUGCUUGUAAUUUAUGCAGGAAAAAAAAACAGAAAUGUAAUGGAAAGCCGGUCUGCUCACGAUGUCAAGAAAAAAAAAUUAAAUGCGAUUAUCCCAAACCAAAAAAAAGAGGUCCCCCAAAAAAUAUCGAAUAUUUCAGGCCCAAAUUUACGACUAAUAACCUCUAUAAUAAUAAUAAAGUAGAGACUAUUAAUCUCUCUAACGAAGUAGAAGUACCGAAUGCAGAUCCUCCUCCUAAUCAAACGCUCCAACCAUCUCUCGAUAAUGUUACCUAUAACCAACCCUAUUUUGCCGAUGCUUACCAAAACAAUAUUAGUAAUUCCUACUAUUCGCAUUAUCCCGUGAAUACAUUAGAUAUUAACCCUAAUGUUAUGAUAACGAAAGAAACUAUAGAAAAUCAAGUUAAUGAAUUCAUUUAUUAUUAUAAUAAUCAACCAAAUAACGCUCAAUAAUUUCAUCGUUAACGAAAUUUACAUUUUUUAUUACGUAUUUUAAGAUAGACGAAAUGGAAUCCCGUAUAUAUAUACAACAGCAAUCGAUAAACCCCUAACAACAUUUUUUAAUAUUAUGAUAAUGUAUGUCGUGUAUAUGUCGUUUUUUUAUUAAGUAUUUAGAAUUAUGAUUAUAAAAAAUAAAUGUAUAGCUUAUUAUAGAUCCUUAAGUAUUUUAUGUAAACCAAUAAUAUAACUAAAUAAAUCACUACAAUUUUCAUUAUAUG